UAUCAUAAGCUCUUAAGAAAUACAUAGUAUAAUCUGGACUUACUCUCAACGGUGAGAAGGAUUAUUGGUUUUCUAGUGUGGGUAUUCAACAUGUCAAUGUCGCAAGAGUCUUGAGAUCUCUGGGCGCUAUAAUCUUAAUUAAUUUAUCAAACUGUGUUCUCGGGAUUUCUGCUGGCAAUUAGUGUAUGUAAAAACUAAUGGGUAAUCAAAUUGGCAAAGCAAAAUGAGAGCCAAAAUGUAAGUACUGAUCUAAAAACAUUAUAAGGUUGGUGUAUUCGUCGUUGUAAUGUUCGGUGGAGGAGCUAGUAUAACUGUACGAGAUUGGUCCAUGUUAGAAUACGGCAAAAUAGCAAAUUCUACUUGUUUCUAGGUCUCUCUAUUCCAUUUCUCAAAAACAAUUGAAAAUAAUGAGUCUUAUCGGUGAAGCAAUCAAAGUAAAUGACAGUCACAUACUUCAGCCACAAGAGGUAUUUUUCAUAAUGUUCUGAUUACGUCAUUAAUCAUUCAUACCGUCCCGAGAACAAAAGCGUGGACGACUCUUAAGCGAAAUAGCCAGCUAAUCGAUUGAUUUGAAGCUAGAGUUGAACAAGGCAUCAAGAAGGAUGGAGGUUUUGUCAAACUUCACGCAAGCCAUAAACUCUUCCACCAAGGUCAAUCAGUUCGCCGGCUACAUCACCGAACCACGACCAGUCGUCAUCUUACGGUUAACUAUCGAGAGCUUUGCAGCAUUUCUGGGUGUGAUAGGAAGUAUUCUAGUGUGUUUGGUGGUACCUAAAGGAGAUAAAGGUCGCUCUGCUGGCAGCCUGUACAUGAUAAGCCUUGCUAUAGCAGAUUUACUUAUUCUUGUCGUGAAUUUCCCUAUCGCUGUCAUCAAGGAGCAGUCACCUACAUACUGGCCGCUAGGAAAGGAGAUGUGCUAUGCGCUUUAUCCUCUCCUAGAGAUGUUCCAUGCCGCCUGUAUAUGGUCUAUUGUCGCGAUUGCAGUCGAGAGGUACCGAGGGAUCAUUUGUACGAGGCGGCAAAGCCAGAGAUCCGUGAAACUAACUAUAGCAGUGAUUUGGGUUGGUUCAUUCAUUCUGUUCGUUACCCCAUUGUUGUUUAUUAUCACUUACACGGAAAACGCGAUGGGGACAUUCUGCUACCUUAAGUGGCCUUCACAGCUAUUCCUCGUAAUUUAUAACGUCAUGGACACGAUUCUCCUGUACGUUCUUCCUUUGGCUGUCAUCAGCUACACGUAUCUACGCAUUACAAGGGAGAUUAACGCUAGCAGCGUUCUUCACAAAAGGCUUAGCAAAUCUGCUAAAGUAAGGCGCGACGAAGAACUAAAGCGAGUAAAACAAAACACUCGAACCAAAAAACUCCUGACACCUCUAGUUGUCGUGUUCACUAUCUCAAUGUUUCCCAUCAACGCCUUCCGUGUAGCACUACUUUGCCUGGAAACCUUCACCCAACACCGUCUAUUUCUUAUUUUCUACAAUAUUUGUGUGAUUGGAGUGGUUUUAAACUCAGUCGCCGAUCCUAUUAUCUAUUCCAUCGUUACCAAGGAUUUCCUCUCACGACUAAAAUCUAUGCUUUCAAGAGACUCAUCUAUUCAUGAAAAGAAUUCAUCUAUGACAGUUUUACGUCCUGCCGAUAGGGAAACCGAUGUUUAACCCUCUAAACUGGUGGAACUGAAUAAUUUACAAUUUACUCACCAGCUAAAGAAUUAAGAUAUAUAGAAGAUUUAGUGCGAAGGCAGGAGACCCUGCCACCAAAAUUAAAAUGUAAAUGUUUUUCAAGCCACUUAUCGCUAACAGCGGGAAAACAGCUGCUUCGCUGUUGAGCUGCGUUAGUUUUAAUUUUCAAAAGAAGACUCUUUAGUGACCAAACUGUUCGAGAUGAUUCUAACAUUCUAGAAUCAUUACAGACCACGAAAUUAGAUGGCUUAACGACUUGACACGUUGCAGGCAUCACCGAAAAAUUGAAACAACUGAAAUGCGAGAAAACCGAAAUAAAUGCAUGGUUUGGUAUUUUGGCUGAUGGGAAAGUUAACCGGCAAAGCUGCUAUCUUCGAGUUAUUAUGCAUUUUACCUCUAUUUCACGACUAACAAUAGUUUUGAACUUUGAUGAAUUAAUGAUGUUAGAAACAGUAUGGGUUGCAAAUUUUAUUGUCAGUCGAAAGGCACGUACAGUAAGGGCACUAGUUCCCACUAAAUAAACAUUAGGAAAUACCCAAUACCCAAUUAUAGCAAAUCCAAAUCAUGUACUGUACAAGUGGUCAACUUGUUUUGCAAUCAGUAUGUGCAAUAACAUCCAAUACAGUCUCCCAUAGCGACUACUAAUGAGCGCCAUUUCUAUGAAUGAAUUCGUAGUUAAAUAGUCACUUUUAUGGCGGUUGUGAAGGGUAAAAAUGAAUCGAAAACAGCAACACAACUAAGAAAUCUUGUCUAGAAAAAUCCGGAAAGGUGAUCACUUGAAAUAUAUAGAAUAGCUAGAGGGAGUGAUAAAAGGCUGAACCUUGUGGAUAAUGUUACUCAGUGAUCAUGUUUUAUGAUGCAUUACACUUGUUUGUUUUAUUAACAAUUUAGUAAGUACUUCUCUUGGUCAAUAGAAUCUUCAAUGCGCGCAGCUUGAACUGACUUUACAUUCAGAGACCGGGUGAAAGGGCACAUCGUCGAAUACUUGCGAAGAGUAAAACAACCUCCAAAAUUAGUUAUUUUAAAGUCUCUUCAUUUUUACCAGACAAGCGAUCCUGACAGCGGCAAGUCGAGUAUGACGCCGCCCCAUUUGAGCCGGCAUCUGGUUAGAACCUGUCAUCUGUGGUCUACCACUUGAAUCAUAUCAGAACUAUAGAGUACUCUAACGUAUCUUUAAAUACGUGGUUAAAAUUGUUAGAUAAGCUGAAAAUCGAAAUGAGACUGAUAACAUCAUGUCGUCGAGAAGUACUUGAAGGCAAUUCAACAGCAAAUGAUUUCAACUUGGUUCGUACAGAGAAACUUGAUAUUCAUUCUACCGGUUGUCAUGCAAUUCGUGCUGCGUUAAACCAAAUAAAUGAGGUUAUAUCGUAA